AUGAGGAGUUUUAUGUGGAACGACCCAAUUAUAGAUAUACUAACAUUAGAAGCUUCCCAUACAGGUGUUGCAUACUCGAGGAAUAUUGUACAGAUAUACUCUUAUCAUGGUGGUGAUGAUCUCCGAAACCACUUGGAGAUUGAGGCUCAUGGUGGGAAUCUUAAUAAUUUUGCUUUCUCUUAUCCAAACGAGCAACUUUGCAUUGUAACUUGUGGAGAUGGCAGGUUGAUAAAGCUAAGAAAUUUUGAAGUUAGUUUGAAGAAUUUUUUUCAAUCUUUGGAGUCCAUAGCUUUCUUACACACUCAUUGUAGUGCCCAUGGAGCAGUGCCAUACAUUUGGCUAUAUACUCUAUUGACCGGAGCAGAGGUGAUGGAUACUGCAAUUUAGGGUGCUCUUGAAGUAGGAAAGUCGGUUGUGAUACAGUACAUGGGGCUAUAUGAAUCAGAGAUGGAGUUUAAUUAGGUUCCAUGAGAAAUUUUGGUGUAAAGAUCGACAGAUUGCAGUGUCUUAAUGUUGAAUCCAUGAUACUGUCAAAACGUCCAAUUAAGCCAACAUAUUAUCUAAGAAAUAACAAUGUACAGACGAAUUGCAAAGAAUAGCAAUGUACUUUAUUGUCGCU